GUUUGUCUCAAUGGAGGACGGAAAACCUGUCGAUGGAAGUCUCUACGUCUACGCCCCUAACAAGGGGGCACCUAUCUUCUUCGCUUUCGCAUUUACUGUUUCGGCGUUCUACCAUCUCUGGCAGUGCUACCGCUUCAAAUGCUUCAAGCUAACGGGCCUGCAUCCGCUCUGUGCAGCGAUGUUUGCUGCUGGUUUUGCUCUGCGGGAAUACGGAGCCUUUCACUAUUUAUACACUACUCGUAACUUGAUCAUGUACAUUGUCAGCCUGAUCUUGAUAUACGUGAAUCCCCCGCUUCUUGAACUCGCGAAUUACCAUGUCCUCGGUCGAACACUGCACUACGUCCCAUACUUCUCGCCCCUUGAUCCAGGUCGAGUCCUGACCAUUUUCGGUACUCUGUCUGCAGUCGUUGAAGGCUUGAACGGAACAGGUGUAUCCUUGCUCUCCAAUAAGGGUGCAACGCAGAGCAAUCAAAAUAUCGGACGCGCCUUGACAAUGGUUGCCCUCGCAAUGCAGCUCGUCGUUAUCGCCAUCUUUUCCGUCCUCGCAGGGAUUUUUCAUUGGAGAUGUAUAAGAGCCAAUCUUCACGCCAAGAUCACGCCUUCUCUGAUUACACUGUACAUGAGUACGUCGUUGAUCUUCAUACGUUGUAUUUACCGCGUGGUAGAAGAAUCCGGUAGCACGACGCCAAAAGGAGACGAUCUGAUGACUCUGAGUCCCAUCUUGCGGUAUGAGUGGUUCUUCUAUGUCUUCGAGGCGACGGUCAUGCUCCUCAACUCUGUCUUGUGGAAUAUACGACAUCCAAGGCACUAUUUGCCCGAGAACUCCCUCGUCUACUUGGCACGAGAUGGCACGACCGAGCUCGUAGGGAGAUCGUGGACAGAUAACCGGCCAUGGAUAAUUGCUCAUUUUGAUCCUUUUGGUAUUUUUGUACGGAAGGAGAAAGAGAAGCGGCCGUUUUGGGAACUCCAUGAAUAUUCUGGUAUCAAUCGUGAGGAUUGA